AAGAUCAUGUAGGCAUCACCCACUUUCCUCCAAAAGAUAACGUACGAACAAGCAAGUAGAGAGUCAACUGUCCGAACGUUGACCAAAUCUCUCACUUCCUUCCACGGUUCCAUCUUCUCUCCCAGGCCAAUCCUAAGAUCUCACCCUCAUCGGUGAUCGUCGGCGUACACCAACUGUUUCUACCUCAUCCCUACUUUCUCCGAAGGAGAAGAAACUAAUGGCGACACCAGUUGAUCCUCCUAAUGGUGUUAGGAACCAAGGGAAGCAUUACUUCACCAUGUGGCAAAACCUGUUCGAGAUCGACACUAAGUACAUGCCAAUCAAACCCAUUGGCCGUGGUGCAUACGGUGUAGUCUGCUCUUCUGUUAACACUGACAACAACGAGAAAGUCGCUAUCAAGAAGAUUCACAAUGUCUAUGAGAACAGGAUUGAUGCUUUGAGGACCCUUCGCGAGCUCAAGCUUCUACGCCAUCUUAGACAUGAGAAUGUCAUUGCUUUGAAAGAUGUCAUGAUGCCAAUUCAUAAGAGGAGCUUCAAGGAUGUGUAUCUUGUUUAUGAGCUCAUGGAUACUGAUCUCCACCAAAUUAUCAAGUCUUCUCAAGUGCUUAGUAAUGAUCACUGCCAAUACUUCUUGUUCCAGUUGCUUCGAGGGCUCAAGUAUAUACACUCAGCCAACAUCCUCCACCGAGAUUUGAAACCAGGUAACCUCCUUAUCAACGCAAACUGCGAUUUGAAGAUAUGUGACUUCGGCCUUGCGAGAACGAGCAACACCAAGGGACAGUUCAUGACCGAAUAUGUAGUGACUCGUUGGUACAGAGCACCUGAGCUUCUCCUCUGCUGUGACAACUACGGAACAUCCAUCGAUGUUUGGUCCGUUGGUUGCAUUUUCGCCGAGCUUCUCGGUAGAAAACCGAUUUUCCAAGGAACUGAAUGCUUAAACCAGCUUAAACUCAUAGUCAACAUUCUUGGUAGUCAAAGAGACGAAGAUCUUGAGUUCAUAGAUAACCCCAAAGCUAAACGUUACAUCAGAUCGCUUCCUUAUUCACCUGGGAUGUCUUUAUCUAGGCUUUACCCGGGAGCUCAUGUUUUGGCCAUCGACCUUCUUCAGAAAAUGCUUGUUUUUGACCCGUCCAAGAGGAUUAGUGUCACUGAAGCGCUUCAGCAUCCUUACAUGGCGCCUCUGUAUGAUCCGAAUGCAAACCCUCCGGCUCAAGUCCCUAUUGAUCUCGAUGUUGAUGAAGAGUUGGGAGAGGAGAUGAUAAGAGAGAUGAUGUGGAAUGAGAUGCUUCAUUACCAUCCUCAAGCUUCAACAUCUGAGCUGCUAUGAGGUCAACUCCUCUACUGGUAACUAACAGAGAUCUUCUGUUAUGUCUGAUUCUCAUUAUGUUGUAGAAUAAGAAUAACUUGAAGUUGAAACCAGUCGUGAUGCCAUGGAAGCUGUAUUUUUUUACUAAAAGCUUUAAGUGAGCCUGUGAGACUGUAACAUAUGUACAUAGAGUGAUCUGUUAUCUCUGCUUGUUUGUUUCUUUCAGAACUUCGAACCCUCUGAUGCAAUGGGAUGUUUUGCGUGUAACAAAAGUCUUCGUUUGAUCAAA